CAUGUCCAAAAAAUGUGAAUAUGGCUGGGAGCAGGAUGGAAGACAGUGUUAUUAUUUCUCCAUCAAUCGUUCAACCUGGAGUGAGAGCAGAGAUGAAUGCCGACAGAAAGGAGGAGAUCUGGUUCAGAUAGACAGCAGAGAGGAGCAGACAUUCCUGGAGCUAAAACUGAGAGAAAAAAUGAACUUUGCUGAGGACAAGUACUGGAUCGGACUGACAGACUCAGAGAAAGAGGGCACAUGGUUGUGGGUAGACGGCUCACCACUGAACGAGAGGUUGACAUUUUGGAGCCUCCAUCAGCCAGAUAACCUGAUAAGGAAAGAUCCUGAUGGAGAGGACUGUGUGAGGAUGGGAGAGAUAGCAGGAGCUCCUGAUCUGAAAUGUUGGUUUGAUCAGUCCUGCAAAUAUGCUCACAGAAGUAUUUGUGAGAAACCAGCAGAAACUGGACAUUUUAAGUGUGUCUGA